AUGAGUGAUCCAAUGAAAGAGCAAAUAGCUAUCCUUGAAGCUUUGAAGAAUAAGAAAAGAGAACAGCUAGAUGAACUACAAAAAGAAAAUGAUCGUCUUGAAACGACUUUGAAAUGUCUUCAAGAAAAAAAAGAUAAAGUUUAUAAAGAUGAGUUAAAUAAAUAUAAUUCAUUGCUAGUACAGAUAAAUGAGUGCAAUUCUGCAAAGCGUGAAUAUCCAGUAGAAGUUUUAUACGAAUUACAAAAAUUAACAUACAGCCAAGAUCAAAAAUAA